GCGCCCCGAGGAAAACGAAACUCGUCUCCGCCCCGUGCCGGGAUAUGGCCGCCGCUGAGGGCCUGGAGGAGCUUCUGGGCGACGUGGAUCUGAGCUGCUCUUGCUGCCUGCAGUAUUUCACCGACCCUGUGCGCCUCUCGGGCUGCGGCCACAGCUUCUGCCGGGCCUGCAUCGUCCAGUACGGCAAGAGCAAGCAGCGCGUCAGCUGCCCGCUCUGCCGGGAGGGCUUCGACCUGAAGGACCUGCAGCCCAACCGGGAGCUGGCCAUUUUGGUCAGCUUAAUCCCGCGGUGGGUCAAGGAGCGAGAGCUGGAAACACAGGAUGAACCGAAACCCUCCGGAGCAGUUGCCUGCAACGACUGGAGCUCGGUGGGGCGGCGACCUGGACAGAAGGAGGAAGAGGUAUGCGACAUCUCCAAGCAACUUGAAAUUACUACAGAGACCAUCCAGCUCUUGAGGAAAGAUCUCAGUAAAGCAAAGGAACAUGCAUCUCAGAUCAAAAGCCAGGUUACUAAAGAUUUCUGUUGCAUGAAAGAGUAUGUUGAAAGACAGGAGAGAAACACACUGAUGUUCAUUGAACAAGAGCAAAAAGCAGCUGAAGAGAAAACUGAAGAGACUAUUCACCAGCUCUGUGUUGACAUGAACAAUCUCCUAGACAUCAAAGCUGACAUGAGUAACUUACCUGACAGACACAGGUACAAAGGCUCACCUUCAACAGUGAAUAAAAUUACACUUGAUGAGAAGCUUCAUGUGGUCAAAAGUGCUGUAGAAGAUCUUAAGAGAAAGCUGGAAAUCUUACUUUUGGAGAAAUACACUUGGCAGUCCCCACCAGUGCCACCUCCAGCCUCAAAUCAGGAGAAAAGUGUCUGCUCAUCAUCUCCAGAGCCUGCAGCUCAAUAUCCAGAACCAGUAAUUUCAAGCCAGUUCUCUCAGUGGGCAGAUGAUGUGACUUUUGAUCUCACAAGGGUACAUGAGCGCUUAGCAAUCACAGCCCAGAACAGGAAAGUGAUGGUCUCCAGCAACCCAACGGAUUAUAAACCAUCGCCCAACAGAUUCUGCAUCAGUCAAGUGAUGUGUUCACAGAGCUUCUCUACCGGGUGCCACUACUGGGAAGUAAUUACCAAGGACAGUGAUGGAUGGGCUGUUGGAGUGGCUCAUGAAAUGAUUGGUAAAAGAGAUAAAUUAGGAAGAACAGAGCAUUCCUGGUGUGUAGAAUGGCUAGGUGCCAAAAAGCAGCUGUCAGCAUGGCAUAGGGACCAAGAAACUUUAUUACACAAGGAUAAACCCAUGAAGGUUGGAGUUCUGCUGGAGCUACAGAAGUCGGCUGUGUCAUUUUACUCCAUCACUGACAAAGAAGUGCUUUUGCAUGCUUUUGAAAUUGAUACCUCAAAUCCUCUUUACCCUGCUUUCUGGCUGUAUAAUCUAGAAAGAAAUGGCUCUUUAACCAUAAGUAGCACAAACAGGAGAUAAUGUUCAGAAAAGGGACAAUUUUGCUCAUGAUUGCUUCAGUGUUUAAUUCAGGAAUUUACCAAGGAGCGUAGAGCUCCCCAGAUGCUCCUGGAAAUCAGCAACUGCUACUUUGUCUGCUCCUCUUUCCUUGCCACUGUGCUCUGAUCUAGCCAUACUUCAUUAAAGCAAUUCCAGUGUAUGCUAAUGGUGGUAACCAUCCCCA